UCCGAGGGUUGGGCGUUGUGGGAUGAGAGCCGACUCCGGGCAGCAAGUUAGCCCUGCUACAGUUAGUGGGAGAGCGCUGCCUUCGAGCUGGAAGAGGAAAAGGAGAAGCCGAAGCGGAGGCAGCGCCUCCACCCAGCGGCGUUAUGCCCCUCACCACAGCAAAAGUGGCCACGAGGCUGAGCCAAGGAAUCACCGCGAAAAGAGCAGCUGUGGCACUGUUGGUGGCAGCAUAUGGGGCCAGGAAGUUGUACCCCAUCCUACGAAGACAGUGGGCUGCCUCAGACCUCCAGGUGAAUUCAGGGACCCCCAGUCCCAGGGAGUCAACGGCCAAGUGGGGGGCGCUGGAAGCGGCCACCGCAUCACCACCUGGUGUGAACAAGGUGUUUUUUCUCCGUCUCCUCCGUCUCCUGAGGUUGUUGUUCCCUGGGCCACUGUGCCGGCAGACAGGACUCUUGGCCUUGCAUUCAGCUGCCCUCGCUAGCCGCACCUUCCUCUCAGUUUAUGUGGCCCAGCUGGACGGGCGGUUGGCCCGCUGCAUUGUCCGUAAGAACCCUCAGGACUUUACCUGGCAGCUUCUUCAGUGGCUCCUCAUUGCCCUCCCAGCCACCUUUGUCAACAGUGCCAUUCGGUACCUGGAAGGGCAACUGAGCCUGGCCUUCCGUGGACGCUUAGUGGACCAUGCCUAUCAGCUGUACUUUGAAGGCCAGACCUACUACCGGGUCAGCAACAUGGAUGGACGGCUGCGCAACCCGGACCAGUCACUCACAGAGGAUUUGGUGGCCUUCGCUAAUUCCAUGGCCCAUCUCUACUCAAACUUGACCAAGCCUGUCCUUGAUCUCAUUGUGACUUCCUAUACCCUGCUCAGUUCAGCUAGAUCAAAGGGGGCUGACACAGCCUGGCCCUCAGUCAUUGCUGGUUUGGUAGUCUGCAUCACUGCCAAGGUGCUACGUGCCUGUUCUCCAAAGUUUGGCCAACUGGUGGCUGAGGAAGCACGCCGGAAAGGAGAGCUGCGCUACAUGCAUUCCCGUGUGGUGGCCAAUUCAGAAGAGAUUGCCUUCUAUGGAGGGCAUAAGGUGGAGCUGUCCCUUCUGCGGCACUGUUAUCAUGAGCUGGCCUCCCAAAUCAAUGUGCUGCUCCUGGAGAGACUCUGGUAUGUGAUGCUGGAGCAGUUCCUCAUGAAGUAUGUAUGGAGUGCUGCUGGUCUGGUCAUGGUGGCUGUGCCAAUCAUCACUGCUACUGGCUACUCUGAGACAGAUUCAGAGGCAGUGAAACAAGCUGCACUGGAAAUGGAGGAGAAAGAAUUGGUAAGCUUGAGGACCGAAGCUUUUACCACAGCACGGAGUCUGUUGAGUGCAGCAGCUGAUGCCACAGAGAGGGUCAUCUCUUCCUACAAAGAGGCAACUGAGCUAGCAGGCUACACUGCCCGUGUGUAUGAGAUGUUCCAGGUGUUUGGGGAUGUGAAAUGCUGCAACUUCCGACGACCCGGAGAGCUUGAUGAAGGCCAGGCUCAGGCUGGGACAGUUAUGAAACAUGGUGUGCGUGUAGAGGGGCCACUCCAGAUCCAAGGACACGUGAUUGAUGUUGAUCAUGGGAUUAUCUGUGAAAACAUCCCUAUCAUCACGCCCACUGGGGACGUGGUAGUCACCAGCCUCAAUAUCCGAGUGGAUGAGGGCAUGCACCUACUGAUCACUGGGCCAAAUGGCUGUGGGAAGAGCUCUCUCUUCCGGAUCCUGGGGGGGCUUUGGCCAACUUAUGGCGGCACCCUCUAUAAGCCACCUCCCCAUCGAAUGUUCUACAUUCCACAGAGACCAUACAUGUCUGUGGGCACCCUGAGAGACCAGGUGAUCUACCCAGACACAGUGAAGGACAUGGGAAGGAAAGGACACACCAAUUCUGACCUGGAACGGAUCCUGAACAUCGUCAACCUCAACUACAUUGUGCAGCGUGAAGGAGGUUGGGAAGCCGUCAGUGACUGGAAGGAUGUGCUUUCAGGUGGCGAGAAGCAGCGAAUGGGGAUGGCCCGGAUGUUCUAUCACAAGCCAAAGUACGCCCUCCUGGAUGAAUGCACCAGUGCCGUCAGUAUUGAUGUAGAAGGCAAGAUCUUCCAAGCAGCAAAGGAUGCGGGAAUAGCACUGCUCUCCAUCACACACCGACCUUCGUUGUGGAAGUACCAUACCCAUCUCCUCCAGUUUGAUGGGGAGGGUGGCUGGCGGUUUGAGAAGCUGGACCCUGCCGCCCGUCUCUCCCUGCGGGAGGAGAAGCAGCGCCUGGAGCAGCAGCUGGCUGGGGUCCCUGAAAUGCAGCAGCGUCUCAGUGAACUCUGUCAAAUCUUGGGUGAAGAUGCACCCUCUGCAAUGGGAUAGGCCUGUGAUUUCGGUGCCUUCCAACCUCCCUUCCCUACUAACCUGAUGAGAAGGAUCCUCACUGCUACACUCUCACCUCAGGAGCUGCACAAGAUGGCCAGUUUUUGUCCCAGCCAUCCAAGAAGCAAUUGUGGAUCCCCUGCUGGGAGCAUUACUUAUUUCUGGCACCCAUGAACUUAAUUCUUCUGCCUCAAUCUAGGGUUGGAGGAAGAGAGGGGUUGCCCCACACUGCCAACUAUCUCUGAAGCCAGCCCUUCCACUUCCUACACACAUGGUGCCUCAAUAUCCCCAGAGAGUACAAAUUCCUCACUAGUGGGAACUGCGUUGCCCCACUGCAGUCUCAAUCCUCUGCACCCAUGGACUUUUUGGAGUAGUUUCUGAGCUGCUGCCACCUCACCAACACAGAAAUUUCAGCCAAACCAGUCACAGCCUUUCUUCACACGACUGCCGCAUGUAUAGUAUGAGUGAAAGCUGUAAAUGGAACUCUUGCCAACCUCUUCCCUUCUGGCCCCCACAACUAGGCUGCAAUGUGUGGCUCUGCUGGCAGAGUUCUGGUGCCCAAAAUGAGGAAUGUCUACUUUAAACACACUGGGGCAAAACAGCAAGCUAAGAAAUUGUAAACCGCCCAGAGUCCCUCCGUUUGGAGGAGAUGGGCGGUGACAAAUUUGAUUAAAUAAAUAAAUAAAUAAAUAAAUAAAUUCACAUUCAGUUAGGUUGGUUAUAUGCUAUGAAAUGCCCAUGUUCUUUAGGAACUUACCCACCUUCUCACUAAGGAGCUGUUCGUAACACAGGGCAAGAUGCCUAAGAAGGGCCCAAAUCCACAGGGCCAAUCUUCUGCAGUGACAUUGGAAUUUGGGGCUCUUGUUCUGAGUAUGCUCAGCUGAUGCCAUGGUUCAGCACCUGGGGUCCUUAUUGAUGAUCCGAACUGUGUUGUCAACAGCACAUCCUUGUAACCUCUAGGAUCUCACCACUCCAUUCAGAGGAUGCUCAGUAGAUAUAGUCAUGGGAAAGUCUUCCUGAAGUGGGAAACUUACUUUGAUUUUGACAUCUUGCAGCUUAGACUAUCAAGCCAUCAAGGCUUUGUCUACCUGGCUCCUGAUACGGGAAAAGGCCUUCACCUGUGGGAGGAAAUGACCCUGUAUUUAGGGAGCUGCAUUUCCAGUACUUCAGUAUCACUUGCCAAUGGAAUUGGGACAGUCAGAUUGGAAUUUCCUAGGGAGACUGCAGCAGAAUUGUCUUAGAAACAUUUGUAUUGUAAGUAUUCAUUUGAACUUGUCCAACUGUCUCAUUUGCUGUAAUCCAUAAGAGGCUACAUGGGUCGUGUUCCCAAUUUAUUUAGUCCCUUGCCUGAAGCAGAAUACAUAAAGGCACAUUUAUAUGCAAACAAUAGAGCUCUGCCAAUUUAUUUGCAUUGGAAUAAGCACCCAGCUGGUCUUGACUGAGGACAGAGCAGGGUAGCUCCUGUCUCAGUUGCUGUGUGCAUCUUAUUUUAUCCUGCCACUUUAACUGAUAGGACCUGGAGAGGGAAAGAGUAGCUGGAUCCCCUUUUAUAAGACCUGAAUUAGAUUGUUACCUCCACUACUUAAAGAAGGAGGAGACAUUCCUCAUUCCUCACUGCUUCAGGCAGUAUUAGUCUGCCUCCCCCCACCCACCCCCCAAAGAGAUCUGAGCCGUGAAGGUGGUGGGAGUCCCUACUGCCAUGAUUUAAAGUACUGAUAUCAGUUUUCUCCCUAUGAAAUAACAGACCAGCAAACUGUUUUUAGUGUUAGCCCCAAGGCCUACCAAGCUUUCUUUUAGUAGCAACUCCAUUAAACCCUGCAGCCUGUCUUGGCCCAUCCAACGCUUGACGAUUCCUUUCUUUUCCAUAAUUUUGAGUCACUCUGAUCCCACUCACAACGUCCUCCCCCAGUAUGCACACUUGGGUUGAAUCUGCGCAUGCAGAAUAAAGAGGCACUUUGUGGAAAAAAAUUGCUGUAUUCUUAAGAAUACUCCCUUACCCCUCUUUCAUAAUUAAACAAAACAAAGAGCAGCACAACAGGGAGAAAGCUUGAAGAAGAACCUUUUCUCCCACAUGUGUCACUUGCUGAGAUGUUGGAUUUCUGUGGUCGCUCAAAAGCCCAGUCCUUACCUCCACCCUCCAUGCCUGUAGUUUAAAGUAAUACUGCUCACUUUGCUGCGCUCAGCUGCAUGAGCAGAUCCAACCUCCUAGCUCUGCUUUUUUUGUAGAAAUGAGCAAGUCACAUUCCCACAGCUGCUGCUUCCUGCAAGCCAAAAGACGGAGACUUAACAGUUCAGAUCUGCUGGUCUCUGCCAUGUCCUUUAGUCCCACAAGAACUUGUGGCAUUUGCUGCCAGUGAGGGUCCUUCACUGCUUAUGACCCCAUUGUUGUAUUUUCCAGCCAUAGACGCAUCAAGCUUAGCUGUCCCAGUCUAACCAGUGCGGUCCAAGGCAUUUACAGGGAGGUUUCAGUCUGCACCAAGCCCCCUCGAGUAAAAGCCUUGCCCCGUUCCAUCUAGAACAGAUCUGUAAUUCCGUCACUGGGUUCACAGAUUGCACUAAGCCGAAAUGGGAUGGGUUGGUUUGUGAUGUAGUGCAAUAUGUAAUCAUAGCCGUUGUGAUUUGUAAAACAUUCUCAGCUUGGCAUGAACCCAUCCAGCUACCUUAAUCAACAAAACAUGGUUUAAAAUGGAGUUUAGAAUGAUGCGGGAAGCCUGUCAGUAAGUGCAUAAAAGCCAAUUGGAUAUUGGAGGGAGGUUCCAGAUGCCUAGAUACUUGAUGAAGAAAGUUCAACAUUUUUCCCCCUCUCCUCUACUGUAUUGUGUAAGUGGCUAGUUUUAUUUAAUUACUGCAUGUCUGUGUUUUGUACAAUACUUGCAAAUUGCAUUCUUGGAUCUAUUAUAGGCCAUUUUUUGAGCCUGGUACCUACUAUCUACUCUUCUAGGAUGAAAGCAAACAAAGCAGUUUUAUUGCUUAUGGGGAGGGGAAGAGAAAAGAGCAAAAGCCAAAGAGUGUGCCAUCGAGACUGAGUGUCAAACGUAAGGUUCUCACAGUAGCACGUAGCUACCCCAUCUUUUAGCUCUGAUGUGAAAAUCAUACAAACUAUGCAACAAAGACUUCCUCGGUGGUUUGUACAGGCAGAACUACCCUCCCCAGUCUUUCUCCUGUCCUCACAGUGCCUUUUAUGCUGGCAAAGCCAUGUUUAUUCAGAUGAUGUUAAUAAAUAUGGUAGAACACGAACAA